AUAAAUAUUGUCGAUUCCUUUGUACAGGCUGAGGGAGAUAUAACUCGGUCGUAAGAAUUUUGUGUUGUUAUUUUGUAAAUGUUAGCUGUAAUUAAAAAAUUAGCUUUAAUGAUAUGUUGAUGAAGUAAUUAGAAAUUAAAGAAAAGAACUUUGGAAUAAUAGGUCAGAAUAAACAGAAAGAAAAACACAAACAAGAAUUAUAAUCACAAUUCGAGCCAACACACGCAGAAGGUAGUGUUUUGUGUUCGAAAUAAAUUCUAACAAUAAUUCGAAUGUCACGAUUCUUCGGAAGAUGUAAACACGACGUGUAAAGAUUUUUUUGGUUAACAAAUUUAUUUGAGAAAAGAAACAAUGGGAUGUGGUACCAGUUCUAAUGCUAAAGUUGAUCCCACUAGGGAAAAAGCGUCACCAUCCAAAAACACAAGUAAUAACCAGUUACGUGGAGAUAGGCUUUCUAUGGUUGAUGCCAGACAAAAACGAGAAGAUGAUAAUAGAGAAAGAAGAAGAAGACUUAGUUCUUUAGUUCCAAACCAAGUGAACAUAGCAACAAGCAGAAAUUCAAGCAAACGAGGUAGCUUAGCAUUGGUGGAGGAGAAUAAAAACUUGUCAGAAACUUCCGACGUGCAGAACGAUAAAAAUCAUACUAAAAAUAAAGAUGUAGCGAAAAAGAUUUCUAAUGGACACCACAAACACGAAAAGACAAAUAUUAUUUCAAAUUUAGACGAAAAUGACGCAAAUCGCCAUAAAUCAAAACUUUCUCAAGAAGACUUCAAAAAUGAAAAAAAUAAUGUAAAUACGGAAAAGAUAUCAGAAGACAGCCGAAUGAUAUAUGUUGGUCCGGUAAGUGACAGUCCUAGAAUGUCUGUUGACAGCGUAGUGCUUAAAAAUAACGCAAAUGCAUUUGUGAACAAUAUCAUGGCGAACGCAUUGACACAAGUUGAAGAUGAUAAAAUUACUAAUGAACAUGUCAUAAAUAAAACUACAUCAAAUACUUCGUUAAGGACUACUUCACCUGUCAAUACAGCUCGUUCAAAUGGAAGUGCCAAUAUGGAAGUUCAAGCUAAAGAUAUUGUUGGUAAUGUUUUAAAUCAAGCUUUAGUUCAACUGACAAACGAAAAUGCUUCAUCGGAAAACAAAUGAGAUUAUUGUGAAAUAUGUUAGUUUUACCCUCUAAGCAUAAACGUUUCAGUCAUUUUUUAAAAAUAACCUCGAGGUUCAUUUAAUUCCUUUGGUGUCUGUAUAUAUAUUUUGAAUAAAACAAAACACUUGUGAAAAAGUUAAAAGAAUUGUAUAUAUUGUCAAUUUUAACAUUCUUGUAAGAAAUAUCAGUUUAAUGUUAUUUAUAUAAGAAUCUAUUUUUAUCUGCUGAA